AUAAAAGCCGCUUCUGCCGGUUGCGCGCUUAGUUUCACUUCACGUUAACCAAUUGUGAAACGACGCAUUACCGACGUGAGUACCAUUCACGAAAUCGUUUUUACAAUCGCUAUUAGACUUUUACUGUUAACCUUGCAGCAUUUACAAAUUGCAUCGACAUCAAGGAAUUAUAUUUUUUAUUGGAUAAUCGUUAAUCAGUUAAAUUGAUUUUAUUGAUAUAUGUAUUGAUAUUAAUUAUAAAUCGGUUUAUCUAUUUCUAAAAUUCAACAUUAAAUCAAUAUGGAAAUCCGUUUCAUGCUAUUAGCAAUAUUAUUCAUUGUGGAAAUAAUUAUGGCAUUUCCGCAAAAAGAUGGUCAAAUUUUUAGUAAUGAGGCUAUAAAACAAGCACAAAAUACUUAUCUUAUUCCAAAAGAUGCGACAAUACAAAAAGUUCAAGAAGGUAUUGAACUGGCAGCUUAUGAGUCAAUUCCUGGAGAGCAGAAGAUCAAUCUUUUUGAAAUUUUGGGAGCACAUGUUCCAUCGGAAGUGGUGAACAAUCUCCAAGCCCAGAUUGACCAAAUAGGACGAAAUUAAAUUCGCUCUUUUCCAUUGCUAUCGUCGUUUCCUUGUAAAAAAUUUUUUUACUUAAAUUUAAGUUUUAUAACAAUUAUUUAUAAAAUGAUACGAUGUAUUUAGACUUUUCCAUUUUUGAUAAAUAAAUGAUUAAAAAUAUUAUAAUAUA